GCGUCCUUCGCGCGCGCAACGCAAAUAUUGCAGCAUUUCUCAAUCCUCUAGCUUCAAGUCCACUUAGCGACUGCGAGGAUCUCGUCGUGUAGUGCAUCCAAACCGGCUACCGUACAUGCAGGAUCCAGCCACUUAUCUAACAUUUAAACGGUAAAGGCAGUCGAUUCGGAUAAUACUAGGUUUUUGAUUGCAUGACAGUGUACGACUGGAUGCUUUAUUGAGUGUAAAAUGUCUGAACAACGAAAUAGUGAUGGAAUGUGUCCGAUUUCCGUUUACCAACCAAGCAGUUAAGGGUGCUUUGCGCAGAUUGUCUAGCCUAUCGGAUGGUUCCGAAUACAGGUGUUCCUGGAAAAAAAACGCAUGGUAAUAUUUCAGGGCAUGCACAUGACAUAAUGUUGUUGUAGGUGGAGACAACAUCGUCAGCUCUGACACAAGCAUCAUCGCCGCUUCAUCUGCUUUCAUUUAACCGCGUCUCUCCUUUCCUACCCACGGCAUCCCUGUCUGACGGAGGAGCCUGACGGCCGCUAGGAGAAAAGGAUGCUCACCGUAGCCACGACAGGACUGCGUCUGACCGUGAGGUAGCCAUCGAUACAGUUUUUGACGAAGUAAUUUCUAUAACUAGCAGUUUUUUUCUGUAUAGACAAAACACGCGGAUUUUGCUUGUGUCGACCGUGCUCUUUCAAACAAGGUCUUGAGAGAUUUGCGUUAGCUGUUGCGAUGAUAAAUCGCGUAAUGUAGGCUACGAAUACACUGUGGUAGACUGUCGCAGAUAAGCUACUAAUUCAUUAAUUUCUGUUUAUUUCAUCAGAAAGGACCCAAUUGCUAAAAAUUGACUGGUGGUGUGCCAGUUUGAAUUGAAGAAUGAGUCAAACACCAAAAAUGGCACUCUAAAGGUGUGGAAGGUGGUUCGUGUCUUCAACCUGCACGGACGGUCGGGAAUUAAGCGUAAUACCGAAAUCCUGUAUUUGACUUUGAGCCACUGUUUUCCGCUUCGGUAACACAAACCGCUGUGGACAUAAUGCUUUGAUCUUGGAGCAGUCUCAAAUCUCGGAGAACACAACUGCCUCUGAAACCUACCUGCUCCUGAAUUUAGCAAGUGAGCUCUGCCCCGUUAUCACCUAUUUACAAACUAAGUUUUAUAGCAGAGUAGGAUAUGAUACCAGGAGCUGCUGCAACGAUGUUACCUUCCUCUGAAGCUGCGAAACUCUACCAAAAGAACUAUAUCAGGAACUCCAGCGCCAUUGGACUCCUGUGGUCCAUUUUCACUAUACUUUUUGCUAUCUUGAACGUGGUGGUUUUCAUGCAGCCGUACUGGAUAGGGGACGGCAUGGACACACCUCAGGUUGGUUACUUCGGCCUCUUCCACUACUGUAUUGGUGACGGGCUCUCCCGGGACCUUGAUUGCCAGGGAACCUUUACCGAGUUUGCCGCCAUCCCUUCCACCGCGUUCAAGGCCGCGUCCUUUUUCGUGGGAACAUCCAUGGUCCUUGUGCUCUCUUGCAUCGGCUGCUUCGUCCUCUUCUUCUUCUGUAGUACGCACACAGUUUUCAAGAUAUGCGGAUGGAUGCAGCUGGCCUCAGGUGUGUGUCUGGUGCUGGGCUGCAUGAUCUACCCGGACGGCUGGGACGCCAAGGAGGUGCAGAGCAUGUGCGGGGAGCAGACGGACAAAUACUCCAUCGGAGCGUGCUCAGUGCGCUGGGCCUACAUCCUGGCCAUCAUGGGCAUCCUGGACGCCCUCAUCCUCUCCUUCCUGGCCUUCGUGCUGGGCAACCGACAGGACAACCUGAUGGCCGAGGAGCUGCUGGCGGAGAGUAAAGCGGAGGGUGGGAACGCCUAACACACACCGAGCGCUCGCCGCACCAGGGUCACAUCCUUGCAUAAUGAUCCAGGAUCCCAGAAGACGUCAAACAACAAUAGUAUCAUAAAAAAUGUAAGAACACACACACUCCACACACAACUACGUAGUUACCCCCCACACACACACACAC